AUGAGCGAGUUUGUUUUUCCAAGCUCUCCAAACUGGUUUUUAUCGACCGUUAGUAGUGGAAACGACGCCGGCUUCUACGCGUUUGGGGCUCGGAAUUAUGUUUAUGUUUACGAUAUUACCAACACCUCUUUGAGAAACAGCAAAAAAGAUGAUGCAGAUACAUCGUCGCAGAUUGUAGAGAGAAAUAAUGCCCGCACAACAGAUCUGCUUCAUGGAUUGCCCAGGCUGGUUUCUUUGUACACUCAGCAUGAGGCGAAGGUGUCGUCUGUGUGUUUGUCGCCAGAUUCAGAGCAGAUGAUUUGUUGUUCGGCAGAUGAGGGUGUAGUGAACUUGUGGGACAUUUUGUCUGUGACCACAAUACAGAGUCAUAGUGAGCACAAGGAAAAAGUGACCUGCAUGACCUGGUCGGCAUGUGACCUGGACCUCGUUCUCUCUGCCAGUGAGAGGGGGUCGGUGGUGCUGUGGAGACUCAAGACCAACACAGUGACCUCGUUCCAGCCACUGAAGGAUUAUGUUUAUUGUAUAAAAGCUUGUCCACAUUCUCCUACAAUUGUUGCUUUGGGAUAUCGCACAGGUCCUGUAUUGGUUGUAAACAUAUCAUUUGAUACCCCUCGUGUCAUGCAGAAGUUACGGGGCAUCGAGGCCGAGAUUACAUCCGUAUGUUGGUGCCCUGUCAAGGGAGAGAACUGGCUGAAGAUUGCUGGCAGUGGUGAUUCUGGAGAACUUCUGGCAGCUGCUGGUGGGAGGUUGAUCAAAGUGUGGAACAGCAUCACAGGAGAAGAGGUCUUCUACAAGAAGCUUCAGCACAGUGCUGCUAGCGCCAGGUUCAAUUCUCAAGAUCCUAUGGUGAAAAAACAGUGGAUAGACAUCAAGUGGUCCAGGCUGAAUCCAGAUUACCUCAUCUCCAGCUCUUGUGGGCCACAGGGGGAUUUGUACUUGUGGAACUUGCAGACCCUGACCAAGAACGAGCCAGAACUGUUUAACAGCACCAGCAUCAACAAGCAUGCCAGGAUGAUCUUCAACAUUGCCCUCGUUGGGGACAAAGUCUGCACAUUCUCCCUGGACAGGAUGAUUGCAGUAUGGGACUUCAAACAUCGUAGAGGCUUGGUAUCAUGGUGCUCAAUUGGAGGUUAUGUAUGUUCUAUCAGGGCAUCUCCAGUUGAUCCUGGCAUGGUAGCAAUCAGUGCUGGAGACAAUGUCAUUCGAGUGUGGAACCAGAAUAACAAGUCCAAACAUCUGGAUGUUACCAGUAUCUCGUAUGGUGCCCGCUGCAUGAUCACUUCAGUAGCCUGGCAUCCAGAAAAAGAAGGACUCUUGGCCUAUGGUACAGACAAUGGCCGAGUUGGGAUUCUCAGCACACUCACAGUAAAGGCUCCGGUGAUGUCAAAGUCCAUGCAUUCAAAAACAGUCUAUGUUGUGUGCUGGGGUCCACCUUUGCGUGGUAGUGCAGACAGGCACAGGCAGUACCAUGUUUAUUCAGUGGGUGAUGGGGCCAUAUUGCAGCACUUCUUUGAUGAGCAUGGGAGCAAGAAAAGUGCUGCAAACCUCUUCGACAUAAUCAAUGAAGUAAACAGCACAGAAGCAGACAAUCUGAUGCAGAGUGAGAUGGUCUGGAAAAGAGACUACACAGCCUUUGCUGUUGGCUUUAAUAAUGGCUCAGUUCGUGUGUACAGCUUCCCGGGAUUGCAGCUGGUCUACGCCAUCAGCGUCAAUCAGAAGAUCGUCAACUGUGUAAGGUGGCAUCCGGACACCACUGCAGAAUCCAUACACAGUUCUCCUUGCAGAAACUGGCUAGCCUUUGCAGGGAAUUCCCCGUACAUCUCUGUUGUCAACCUGCCACAUUGUUUUGUUGGUGCAGAGUCAGGUCCAGUCAGUACAGUGACAGUCACGGAGGCCAUCUGCCAGCUGGAAGGACAUCGGGUUAAAACCACUGACCUCUGCUGGAGUCCUCAUCAUGAUGGGCGGCUGGUCAGCGUUGGCUAUGACAGGACAGCAAUUGUGUGGAAUGUGAAGACUGGUGAAGGUUUG